AUCAAAUUGUCUUGAGUUUCAAGAUUGUAGUUCAACUUGAAGAUGAAUCAAUAAUUGAAAAAUGUUUGCGUGAUAUUGCAAACUCAGUUAUUGCAAAAAUAGAAGACGGUGAUGAUUAUUAUUGGAAUAUUCAUAAAGCUCAAACUUCACUCAAGUUUCCCGAUUCAAAAGGAAUAUUUUAUUAUCGUUGUAGUCAAUCUUUCGAAACUCAACAACACGAGUACAAAGAAAAUUCUAAUAGAAAACGUCGCAUUUGUUAUAAUUGCAAAGGAAAUAUUAAAAUUACCAUUGAUACAAAUCUAAGCAUCGCUGUUGUAGAUAUCAAUCAUAACUUUUUACAUCCACGACCUGAUCUUGUUGCUGAAAUACCUGAUGAACUAAAACAAGAAAUUGAAGACAAUGCUCAUUUAACAACUGUUGAAUUAAUAAAACAUCUAAAGAACAAGAAUUUUGACACAAA